AUGCUACAUCCUUCUAGAUUCGAAAAUGGACGUCGCUAUCAUGCAUUCCGUGAGGGCUCCUAUCCCGUGCCGAACGAUGAGGAGGAGCAAGAACGCAUGGACCUCGGUCAUCACCUAUACAGCCUUCUUCUAGAGGGAAAGCUUUAUCUUGCUCCAAUUAAUCCCAAUGCCCAGCGAGUACUCGAUCUGGGUACAGGCACAGGUAUAUGGGCAAUUGAUUUUGCAGAUGACCAUCCUUCUUCAGAAGUCAUCGGGAAUGAUCUCAGCCCAAUCCAACCCGAAUGGAAUCCACCCAAUUGCACGUUCGAAAUCGAUGACUUUGAAGACGAAUGGCUAUACCAGACGGAAUUCGACUUCAUACACGGACGAGAGUUAGGAGGAUGCAUAGGCGACCGAGAUCGUCUACUGCGACAGGCUUUCAAGCAUCUAGUCCCAAAUGGGUAUAUCGAACUACAAGGAGUAGAUGCACACCUUUACUCGGAUGACGGGACCAUCGAACAAGCCCCCAACGCUCAGCUCUGGAUGAACAAAAUGCGUGAAGCUUGUACCAAAUUCGGCAAGCCUGUAGACGGAGGGUCUGAGUGGAAGGCAAGGUUGAUCAAGGCAGGUUUUGUUGAUGUUCAUGAAGAAGUUCGUAAGAUACCAAUUGGACCAUGGCCUAAGGAUCCAAGGUUCAAGGAGCUUGGCAAGUACCAAGUCAUUCAAGAGAUCAAGGUUGUUGAGUCCUACACGCCAAAGCUUUUUGAACAUGCGCUUGGUUGGAGUGUGGAGGAGAUCCAGAUCUUGAUGGCCAAGGUCAAACAGGAGCUUCAAGACCCAUCAAUUCACCUGUAUCUACCUGUUGUCUUUGCUUGGGGGAGAAAGCCUGGGGAAAACCUUCAGAAUUGA